AUGAACGACGGUGAAGAGUUACAGGUUCGACGAAGAAAUUAUCGCCUACUGAUUCCACAUGCAGAAAAUUCAAAAAUACUCGGUCCUAUUGUUGGGUAUGCCCAAGAGCCACUUCUUCCACUUGCUGAGGCAUGCACACCGUUGGUUCCUCUUAUUUUUGAUAUAUUAGCAUAUGUUUCGGCUGCUCUUAAACAUACUCCAGAUAAACCAUCCGAUGAUCUCACUCGAGACGAAUCAGCUUCAAUAUGUCUUUACACGAUGGAGUGGAAUAAUGGACAAAGAAGCCUUUAUUCUAUUCUCAAUAAAACUCUCAGGACAGCAGAUCGCGAAGAUCUACGACCAUGGUUCAAGUACUUAAAACUUUUUCUCACCGCCGUGGUUAAAAUACGAUGCGCACCUUCACAGACUAUCUGGCGUGGAGUAAAAAGAGAUGUUAGUCAAGAAUUUCCACGUGGAAUUCAGGUGACUUGGUGGUCUUUCUCAUCUUGUACUACAACACUCACUGUGUUAGAGAGUGAUCUCUAUUUGGGUACUGAAGGCACGAGAACUCUCUUCUCCAUCGAGGCCUUUAAUGCUAGAAAUGUACGACCUCAUUCAUAUUUUGAUCACGAGGACGAACUAUUAAUGCUGCCAGGAACAUGCAUGGAAGUGCAAUCACAAUUCAAUCCAGCUACUGGUCUUCAUAUCAUUCAUUUGAAGCAGAUAAUGCCAGAGAAUAUGUUACUCGAGCCUCCAUUCGAAGGUAAAUCAAACAAUAACAAAAUAAUAAGUUUAGAAUGAAUUUCGGAAGAGCGUUUGUCUGAUGGCAUUAAUCAAGUUGAAAUUGUAGAGCUUUGAGCUUGGUUAUAGAAUUCUUGUCAAUUCAAUAAGAUAGCAAAAAAGAUACACACUGGACUCAUAGGCUAUUUGUAAUUUGUCUAGUGUCCGACUUGACUCGGGUCGGAUUAAUGAAACACUUUUGAAGUUUAGAAUGGAUGUGAAGUCUGAACGUUUUUCAGAUUAAAAAGGUACUCGAAAUAGUUUUCCUUUAAAAUUUCUGUAAGAGAGCGUGGCAAAGCUGAGUAGAAGAAGAAAUUAUUUAUUGCAUGAUCUUUUCUUCUACUCCACCGAUUUUUCUCUCUUAACUUUCAAACAUAUUGGAUGACGAGAGCUCUGUUUGUUCAAUAGUCUCAUAUAGAUUGCAUGUUGUAUACAUAAGAAAAGAAAGACAAACAAGAAAACAUUCUAGCAUAUAGUUGUGCUAUCCCAAUUCCGAAACAUCGAUGAAAUGCUUGGAGCGGAUUCUUUUUUUUUUUCAACUACCAUAGAAACGAAAGAAACAAGAAUUGAGAAGCUUGGUUUUCUCGAGAGCAAAAUGAGAGCGGUUGGUAACAGAUUCCAACUCAAGUCAGGUCGAGUUGGACGAAUAAAAAAAAAUUUGACCCAUACGGGACACUGGUGCACAUGACACGGAUCCUCUUUUUUCUAGAAUCACUGUAUUUUAUUUUUGAUAAUGAUAGUUAGACUUUCUUCAUGUCUCUGUGAAACGGUUUGUGAUUCUUCGUUUCACGUCUCCCCAAUCAUAUGCUCUUGGCCUGUUUCUCGAUUUCAUGCUCUAGUUCAGAAGUAUGAGCAUGUACGUGGAAUGUUUAUAAAUUGUGCUAAUGAUAUGUGUGUUUCUAUCUCAGAUGUUGACGAAGAAGGGGUUCAUUUGCUGUAUUGCUGUUUCGAAUAAAUAUUCCGUAGCUUGAAAAGAAGAUAUCCGAUUCAGCACACCACCCUGGAACAUAAUGAAAAAUAGGCACAAUAAGUAUUUUAUUAUAUCUUUAUCAAUCAGGAUUUUUUUCUUAUCAUCCGUUAAGAACGGAUAUAAUAGUAAUCAUAAUAGAAGAAAAGUUCUUAAAAAGAAGGAAGGUUAGAGAAUUUUGGAGGUUACCUACUGCAAAAACACGUAGCUUCACACUAUCGCCAUCAGAUGGGCUGUUUCUUCUUGAAGGGAGAAGAGAACUCAAAGUGUUUAUUGUCGGACGAAAAUUUUGGUAGCAUUUCUUGGAGCUAUUUUUAGUGUACUCAAAAAGUGAGUACACUACUAAAAUCGGUCUGUAUGUCCGGCCGUCCGGCCGGCCGUUUACACGAUAACUUUCGAAAGGAGAGUCAGAUUGC